GAUCUUGUGAGGAAAAUCCUGCGGAGUCUCACACCCGAAUGGAGGUCAAAAGCCGAUGCAAUCUACGAAUCCAUCGGAGUCUCCAACGUCACCAUCGACGGGCUAAGAGGUAACCUUAAAACCUAUGAAUCUACUAUUCUAACCCCAUCUUUGGAUGAACAAAAGAAAAAGGGGAUAGCUCUCAAAGCCACCAAGGAACCGGUGGAAGAGGCUUCAAGCGAUGACGACAAUGAAUUCGGGCUCGUCAUCAAGAAGUUCCACAAGUUCAUGAAGAAGGAAUUUGAGCGGAAGGGAAGGAGGCACGACGGUCCUCCCAAAUGCUACGGCUGCGGCGAGAUUGGCCACAUCAAGCCAAGGUGUCCAAAGGCCAAACACGGCAAGGACAAGCCUGGCUUCAAGAAGCAAAGGGCCUACAUCUCUUGGGGUGGCGAUUCUGGCGACGAAUCAACCGACCAAGAGGAGGACGAAGCUGCAAAUCUCUGCCUCAUGGCACACGAAGAUCAAAGCGACGACGUCCAAGAGGUAUGUA